GUCGCUGCGCUGACUGACUCGCUGAAUGGCCGCUAUAUCGAGCUCGCGCUGGGAACUUGGCGUCUGCAUGCAUGAGAGGCUUUCUCCCCUUGGCGGCCUUUGUGGGGCAGGGGGCUGUGGUCGCCUGGACUAAGCUCCGUACCAUUGCUGCUGCUUGACUCUCGCCGCCUUUGUCCGCUGUUUUGCAUGUCGUCGUCGCCCCAUCGCGCCUCUCUGCAACCACCCUCUGCUCGACGCUCUGAUACCCCAUAAUCGUCAUCACCAUCACCCUGGAGUUGUGCGGUAUGCCGCCUCCGAGCCAAUGCCUAAUUCGCCAUUUGACAUCCGUGAUUACGGUCGCGCAAUAGGUGCUUAUGGCUGCCAAAAUAUACUCUCCGGGCCAAGAUCUUCAGUCCAUCGCGUCGCUCUUUCCACAUGUGGACCAGGACGUGAUCGCGUCGAUCGUCGGCCACGAGUUCUCCGGCGCGGAGCUCUACAAGCUCGACUCGCGCCGCAUCCUCGAGUCCACAUGGCACCUCAUUGAAGUUAAUAUGGAUGAGAGCACGAUUUCCCUCCACUCCGCCCCCGCCGCCACCGAGACAUACCCAACGCUUGACUCCCUCCUGGUCCCCCUAAAUGCAUACUUCUCCGUCCUCUCCGUGCACGAGCUCUCGGGCGGCCAGUCUCCGAUGCUUCCCUACUACUUCUUCCGAUACAGCAGCCACUUGGUCAAGAUCGCGGCGCAGUAUGAAUGGUCGGCAGUGCUAUCGUACCACCUAGCGUCGUUCUCGCGACGAUGCAAGGAGAUGCGGAAAGGCGACUUCGCGGGCUGGGGGCGCGUAGACAUGGAUCUCAUGGAGGAGUUCCUCGUUCCCAAUCAGAAAAAGCGUUAUGGUACUGUGCAUGCGUUCUCCAGUGGCUACCAGUCUUGGGAGCUGAUAUACCCUUAACGAAGAUACGAGACGGAAGCAAAAGUAACGUGUAGACAGCAUACGAGUACGGACUGUGUACGACUAUAUCCGUUGGAAUUUAGGCCGAGUCGGGGUACACCGUACCAUGUCACCCACGGAUAUCACGACCUUGAUUGCGCCCUCCGAAGUAGUCCUUGCCAGGCGUAGGGCGAUGUACUCUCUGGCUCAGACUGACCAUCCUCCGUAGGCAAGUGCUGUCCGACUUCGUCCAAAUGUUUCGCUGCAUUCCGUAUUCUGUCAAUGCCUCGGCCAUCAUCUGGAAGCGGCGUCCAGCCCUCGCGCAUUUCCACCUCCUGCAUGAACCUCGCGACAUCGGCGAGCGACCUGCCAGUCUCUUUGACUGCUUCGGAGUAGAUUGUCCUCCGCCUCUCAUUCUCCGCCAACAGCCUGGCAAUGUUGUUGCUGGUCUCGUUCCGCCAUCGCUGCGCCUCCGCCUCCUGCAGUUCCACAGCGCGUUGCGUCUUGAAAAGCUGGCCGCGGACGUUCUUCGUCUCAACCGCCACGUUCCGCCCGAAGUCGUUCACCUUCCCGUGUAGGUCGCCUAGGUGUGUGUUGGCCUCCUCCAGCGACACCCUGACCGCCAGCAGCGCCGCCGCCUGCUCGGCGAGGGCCUCCGCGCUCGUGUCGAAGCGGCGCGUGUG